AUAGAAAACACUAAAAAUUCAGUCAUUUUUGUCGAUCGUACGGGUAUAUAGUGAGUGAUCUGUCUCAAAUCCUGCUCGUGAGACGCGAAACGUGUUUUCCGAUUGGAAUUGUUUUUUUUCGCAGGGUUUACUGUUGCGGGUUUGAAUUCUGUCAUUUUCCGGGCCAUACGGCUGCAGUCCCUUAAAGCUACGUCGAAUGCUAUCUCUCGACGUGUGUUUGUAAGCCGGGGAUUGCAGUCUCCAAGGUUUUUAUGGCGUCGGUCUUUCCAAACGAUCGGUAGACAAAAUCAAAACAUUCUUCGCCGGUCCCCUUUGAUAACAUUCCCAUUUUCUGCAUUUAGACAACGCCAGCUACAGGCCACCCGACCCUUUACUGUUCAUGGACUGGGCAGUGUUGGUUCCACACGGACACUUUCAUUUUCGUCAAUUACGAAGUUACUGUUUCGCUCUUUACGUCUGCCAGCUGCGGGAUUCUCAAUUGUUGCUGGUGCCGCCGCAUAUAUUGGAUCACAGUUUCAAAAAGUUAGUGAUUACACGAAGGACAUUUUUGGUCGGACAUUUGAUGCUGUUGGUUCUUUUUGGGAACGUGCUCGGGAUCGAGCUAAUGAUGCUUUUGAUCUUGACAUCCCGGAUUUCCACAUGCCUAUAUGGCUUCAAAAAGUUCUCCGUUUAGACGAGGAGAGUGUGGAGAAACGGAGACGUUUGCAGGAAACUCGUCGACGUGAGCGUGAAGAAAGGCGUGCAGCCAGAGAGGAAAAGAGAAGAGAAAAACAGCAAACACCAAGUUCUAAUGAGCCUUCCGAGCCAGUAGAUAACGAACUGGAUCCAGCUUUAGCGGUUUCUGCUGCUGGAGGCUUGUUGAGUGGAGCUCUUGACGAAGACGCUGAGCAAGAUACUUCUGUGGAAGACGAAUCUGAGCAACAGACUUCAGAUGCAAGUGGUGAUGGAAAUGGAAAAGACGAUAGAAUGCUCUUAUUUACAAAGAAAAUGAUUGAGAUUCGCAACAUCUUACAGGAAAUUGAUGAUGAGAAGAACAAUAUUGCUUUACCUAACAUCGUUGUUAUUGGUGCUCAGAGCAGUGGAAAGAGCAGUGUGCUUGAAGCACUUGUUGGUCACGAAUUCUUACCGAAGGGAACCAAUAUGGUUACAAGGCGGCCAAUUGAACUUACUCUCGUGCAUUCUCCUGAAACUAUGACUCCCUAUGGCGAGUUCCCUAACCUCAGUUUGGGUCGUUUGACGGAUUUUACAAAGAUUCAACGAACAUUGACAGACUUGAACAUGGCUGUCCCUCCAUCAGAAGGUGUUAGUGAUGACCCCAUCCGUCUUGUAAUACAUUCACCUAACAUUCCCGACUUGUCAUUAAUUGAUCUCCCGGGGUACAUUCAAAUAUCCGCUCAAGAUCAGCCUACGGAUUUGGAGAAAAAAAUUGAACGGCUGUGUGACAAGUACAUCCAAGAACCCAACAUCAUUUUGUCUGUCAGCGCAGCGGAUGUGGAUUUAGCAAACUCCACUGCCCUUAAAGCAAGCCGGAGAGUAGAUCCAUUGGGUUUGCGUACUAUUGGUGUGAUCACAAAAACAGAUUUGGUGACUCCAGAACAAGCUGUUCAAAUUCUUCAAAAUAAUCUUUACCCACUAAACUACGGCUAUGUCGGCGUUGUUGCUAAGGCUCCCAGAAACAUGUCGUGGCAGCACAAUCGCAACUUAACAGAUGCUGUCUCCCGUCAAGAGGAUCGUUACUUCUCUUCCUCCCCUGCGUUUCGGUCUAUGUCGAAUGUCAAUACAUUGGGUGUUCGUAAUUUGCGAAAAACGUUGAUCAACGUGCUGGAGUACUCUAUGUCGAAAAGCCUUCAAACGACAGCGGAUACCAUUCGUUUAGAAUUGGAGGAAUCUCUUUACCAACUGAAGGUGCAAUACAAUGAUAGAAAGCUGACAGCACAGUCGUAUGUAGCCGAAAGCUUAGAUGUUCUGAAAGCGGGUUUCAAAGAAUUCUCAGAGACAUUUGGUAAGCAGCAAGUCCGUGAGUUACUGAGGGAGUCUCUUGACAACAAAGUGAUGGAUUUACUCGCUGAGCGUUAUUGGAUGGAUGAUAAGCUUGAAAAAUGGACAACGGGUGAUCGAAGCGUUGCUGAUGGCUACUGGUCAUAUAAACUGGACAGCUCGGUGUCGACAUUGACACGCAUGGGUCUGGGUCGAUUUGCUACGCUUCUCGUUUCCGAUGUCUUGUCGAAGCGUGUGCUUGAUUUGGCAGCAGCAAGCCCUUUUGGUGACCACCCGACUGCGAUGCAAUUCAUCUCCAAUUCUUGUGCGGAGAUCCUUCGUCGUCGGUACCACAGCACGUCUGAACAAGUGGAAAACUGUGUUAAGCCUUACAAGUUUGAGGUUGAAGUGGACGAUACGGAGUGGAGUAAUAGUCGGGUUCAUGCACAGGAAUUAUUGAACCAUGAGCUGAAACUUUGCCGAGACGCAUAUAAUAAGAUCAAGACUUCCAUUGGUAGUCAACGUCUUAAUCAGAUUAUCCGUUUCCUUGAACAAAAUCAAGUUGCCUCUGAAUCCCCAGAGUCUGUUCACAGUGCCGCUGCUCUACAGCAAGGACGAAUGGCGAUCUUUUUACGGAUGCGCGAACACCUCUUACGUUUGCGUCUCUCUACCAUUCAAUCUCGGACAUGUAAACACAAGGAGGCCAGGUAUUCUUGCCCUGAAAUAUUUCUAGACGUUGUUUCGAAUAAACUCGUGAACACCGCUGUUCUGUUUAUAAACAUAGAGCUACUUUCUGAGUUUUAUCACCAGUUUCCUCGGGAACUUGAUUCCCGUUUGAUUCAUUCUCUAACACCUCAGCAAUUGUCGGAAUUUGUUAACGAGAAUCCCAGAAUUGCUUCACAACUAAGACUUCAGCAUAAGAAAGAGUGUCUUGAGCUGGCUCUACAGAAGAUAAACUCUCUGAUAAUGCUUGAAGAGCAAAUACAGACGGAAGUCUAGAGGUAUAUAUAGCAGAUGGCGUGUAUUCACGUUAUGUUUAGCAUCGAUUUUCUUCCGCAUGUCCUUACAUACUUUCGUAUUUGUUUGGCGUACGGCUACAAUGAUACAUUUUAUGAGCUAUGUUGAUUUGCCAAUGGUAUUUUGGUUUGUUAUAUGACAUCUUGAAGAUGCAUUUUAGGUAGUGUGUAUUUAAUAUUGUUGAAAAGACCUUUUUUUUCGUUAUACAAGUCCAUUUCUUUCGACCGUGUCAUUUGUCUAAUCAUUCUGUUGACUUAAAGAUUUGAUUCCUGCUUUUUCUGUGUUUAUUGCAAACGGUCUUGUGUACGCCAAAACUUGGACUCUACCUA